GCAGCGGCCGGGUUCUCCCCAAGUCUUGGCAUUCUGGAAAUUUCUCGCUCGCGACAGUCGGAGCACCUCUCGAUCUUUUCUUCAAUCACGAAUUAUCGCAAGCCCUUUCGCAGCAUAGCAUCAAGCCAGCUCCUAUUCCAUUUUAUCACUCGCACUUGAUUCUCCAGACAUCUAUCACCUCCCUAUAUUAACACAAUGGCCCUGCGCAGCAUCAAGAACCUUGUUCCCCUCCUGGACCGCGUUCUGGUCCAGCGCGUCAAGCCUGAGACCAAGACCGCCAGCGGUAUCUUCUUGCCCGAGAGCACCGUUAAGGAAAUCAAUCAGGCCACAGUUCUGGCUGUCGGACCUGGCGCUAUUGACCGAAACGGAAACAAGAUCCCCAUGAGCGUCGCUAGCGGUGAUAAGGUUCUGAUUCCUCAGUUCGGUGGUAGCCCUGUCAAGGUCGGCGAGGACGAAUUCACUCUUUUCAGGGACUCUGAGAUCCUGGCUAAGAUCAACGAGUAAUCGUUCCUCUCCCGAAUCGCAAUCAGUGAUUAUAUCGAAUUAUCUCGUCACAGCCUGGACUGCUACGAUGUCUUGACAUUAACCAAUCCCAAAACAAUGUACCAUAAAGCACCUGUAUCAUCACGCCACACCAAGAAAAUCAUCUGAAAAAAGCGAAAAAUAGAAAGGAAAGAAAGGAUUUAAAUAUUUAAUACUCAUUGUCACUUUGGGAGGGAUAUGUCAAAUCUAACCUUG